GGCGGCGGCGGCGGCGGCGGCGGCGGCGGCGGCGGCGGCUCCGGGACCCGCCGCGAAUCCGGCCCCCGCUGCGGGACCCGGCCACAUCUGGACGAGCCCCACCUGGGCCGAAGCGUGCGGAGGAUGGAAACACUCCCCCGGCAAUGUCUCUGGGCCGUCUCCUUCGCCGGGCAUCCUCCAAAGCCUCGGACCUCCUGACCCUUACCCCGGGCGGUGGUGGCGGGCCCCCCUCCGUCCUGGACGGGGAGAUCAUCUACUCCAAGAACAAUGUCUGCGUGCACCCGCCCGAGGGACUGCAGGGGCUGGGGGAGCACCACCCAGGAUACCUGUGCUUGUACGUGGAGAAGGACGAGCUGCUGGGGAGCACCGUCAUCCUCGCGUGGGUCCCCAACUCUCGCAUCCAGAGGCAGGACGAGGAGGCGCUGCGUUACAUCACCCCCGAGAGCUCCCCCGUGCGCAAGGCGCCCCGCCCGCGGGCCCGGCGCGCCCAGAGCCUGGGGACCGCCCAUCAGCCCUCUCCUACGGAGCCCAGGCCUGCCCUGACCCCCAGAGAUGAGGAUGCCCUGGUGGUGGCACAGGGCAACCCGGACGCCGUGCGCGUCAGCCCUUCCCCCCCUUCCGAGGAUGGGGAGAAGCUGGCCCGGGGCUUGGGGGUGGCCCCCCCGCCGGCCCACAGUGACUCUGGGAUCCUGUCGGUGGUCAGUUCGCAGGAUGGGGUGGAGGAGGGGCGGGAGCCGAGGCCCGAGGCCAGCGAGGAGGAGGGCUCCCUGGAGCUGUCGGCGGACGGCGUGAGCAGGGACAGCUCCUUUGACUCCGACUCCGAUGCCUUCUCCUCGCCGUUCUGCCUCUCGCCCAUCAGCGCCGCCCUGGUGGACAGCGGCAGCUCCGUGUUCCUGGACAGCGAGAGCGGCUCCCCUUCCAGUGCCGAUGCCCAGCUGCGGUUCCCAGACGGCCCCGGCCUCCUGCAGACCCCACGCUGGGACGAGCCGCAGAGGGCCUGCGCCCUGGAGCAGAUCUGCGGCGUGUUCCGCGUGGACCUGGGGCAGAUGCGCUCCCUCCGCCUCUUCUUCAGCGAUGAGGCCUGCACCAGCGGCCAGCUGGUGGUCGCCAGCCGGGAGAGCCAGUACAAGGUUUUCCACUUCCACCACGGCGGCCUGGACAAGCUGUCCGACGUGUUUCAGCGCUGGAAGUACUGCGCGGAGACGCACCUCAAGGACCAGCAGGUCGCCGACGAGAAGACGUGCAUGCAGUUCUCCAUCCGCCGCCCCAAACUGCCGUCCUCUGAGACGCACCCCGAGGAGAGCAUGUACAAGCGGCUGGACGUGGCGGCCUGGCUGCGGCACCUGAACGAGCUGGGCCAGGUGGAGGAGGGGUACAAACUGCGCAAGGCCAUUUUCUUCGGCGGUAUUGAUGUGUCAAUCCGGGGGGAGGUCUGGCCUUUCCUGCUGCGUUAUUACAACCACGAGUCCACGUCGCAGGAGAGGGAGGCACUGCGGGCGCAGAAGCGUCGGGAGUACGCUGAGAUCCAGCAGAAGAGGCUCUCCAUGACCCCGGAAGAGCACAGAGCCUUCUGGCGCGACGUGCAGUUCACCGUGGACAAGGACGUGGUGCGGACGGAUCGGAGCAACCAGUUCUUCCGCGGCGAAGACAACCCAAACGUGGAGAGCAUGAGGAGGAUCCUGCUGAACUACGCCGUGUAUAACCCAGCCAUCGGCUACUUCCAGGGCAUGUCCGACCUGGUGGCGCCCAUCCUGGCCGAGGUCCUGGACGAAUCGGACACCUUCUGGUGCUUUGUGGGCCUGAUGCAGAACACGAUCUUUGUCAGCAGCCCUCGGGACGAGGACAUGGAGAAGCAGCUGCUCUACCUGCGGGAGCUGCUGCGGCUGACGCACGCGCGCUUCUAUCAGCACCUGGUGUCGCUGGGCGAGGACGGCCUGCAGAUGCUCUUCUGCCACCGCUGGCUGCUUCUGUGCUUCAAGCGCGAGUUCCCCGAGGCCGAGGCGCUGCGGAUCUGGGAGGCCUGCUGGGCCCACUACCAGACCGAUUACUUCCACCUUUUCAUCUGCGUGGCCAUCGUGGCCAUCUACGGGGAUGACGUCAUUGAGCAGCAGCUGGCCACCGACCAGAUGCUCCUGCACUUCGGAAACCUGGCCAUGCACAUGAACGGGGAGCUGGUUCUCCGGAAGGCCCGGAGCCUGCUGUACCAGUUCCGCCUCCUGCCCCGCAUCCCCUGCAGCCUGCAUGACCUGUGUAAGCUGUGCGGGACCGGCAUGUGGGACAGCGGCUACAUGCCCGCCGUGGAGUGCACGGGCCACCACCCGGGCUCAGAGAGCUGUCCCUACGGGGGCACCGUGGAGACGCCCUCGCCCAAGCCCCCCAGAGAAGGCAAGAAGGGCCGGAAGACGCCUCGGGAAGGCUUCGGUUUCCGCAGAUAGGCGGGGCUCCCUGCGCUGGAGGAAGGUGGAGGGACCCCAGAGGGCCUGGGCACCGAGGAGGGGUUGGGGAUGGGUGUGGAGGGGUCAGGGGA